AUGUCAAGAUAUGUGACUUCGAUUUUCCACUCUUAUUAUCACUCAAGUCAUUCAUGUACAUUGAGCAUAGUGGUAGCAGCAAUAUUUCAUCCCCAACAAGCUGUUUUUAUAGUUGUUAAGAUUAAAUUGUCGUCCAUACAAUUCUGGAAGCUGAGCAAUAGUAAAAAAGAAGCUCAAGCUUAUAAAAUGUUAAGGAAGCUCACGAAAAACAAAGUUUGA